GAGGAGGCUGUGGUGCAAAGUUCCGGAGUUCUCCACUUCAGAAUCAACGAAAGAAAACCGAUGAGGUACCCGGAAGUGAAGCGCUCCAUCGUUUCCACUCGUUAACUGAAAUAAAUAAUUUGCUUCAGCCAUAGAAAAGCAAAUCGUUCUGUUCAUUCAGACAUUUUCACAGGUAAAAUAAGUCCAGGUUUGUUAAGAGAAGCCACUAUUGUCGCAGUUCUUCUGAAAAACCAAGGACAUGGAGCUGCUUCCGGUGACAGUUGUUUUGCUGUUCGUGCUGGUGGAGACCACCUGCAGCUGGAAUCAAGACAGCGUGUUGCUGAGAGACAUCCAGGCUCUGACGUUCUACAGGAACCGCUUCACCACAGCGAGGCGCUCCAGCCCGGUUCCCCAGCUGAAGUGUGUUGGCGGCUCCGCAGGCUGUCAUGUCUUUAUCCCAGAUGUUGUCCAGUGUGUGAACAGAGGCUGGGAUGGCGUGGAUGUUCAGUGGGAGUGUAAGACGGACAUGGACAACGCCUUCAGGUUUGGUGCCAUUGAGGUGAGCUGCGAGGGUUACAGUCACCCGGCUGAUGACUACAUCCUGAAGGGCUCCUGUGGCCUGGAGUUCACCCUGGAGCUGACCCAGGAGGGAAAGAGGAAGACGCCAGGCAGCUUUGGCUCCCAGGGUGGAUUUAAACAAUGGGGAGGACUUGGGGGUCUUGCCUCUGGUAUCUUCAGCAGUUUCUUUGGAAACAAGCGCCACCAACAUCAGCAUCAUCAGCAGCCUCAGCAGCAGCAUUACACCCAGGACGGCGAGUCUUCAGGGGGAUUGCUGGGGGUCGCUGUGCUUCUCCUCAUAGCUUAUGGUAUCUACAAGCUGUUUCUCAGUGGGGACACGGCCCAGUUUGGACAGACUGGUGGACAGCCCGGCUACCCUCAGGAUAAUCACCCAAACAACAUGGGAGGACCGCCCCCACCUGGAUUCAAACCUGACUACACAGGCUAUCCAGGCGCCAAUCCUGGCUAUGGUUUCCACAACGAUUACACUCAUGGACAAUAUUACCAAGGACGCCGCUCUGGGGCCGGCACGGGCAGUGGCGGCUUCUGGACUGGGAUGGGAACAGGAGGAGUGCUGGGAUAUCUGUUCGGUCGACAGAGAACGCAGCCCUGCAGUCCGCCUCCAGCUGGACAAAACCACUCCUCUGGGACAAAUACGUCUUCUGGGACACGCACUGCUUCAGGUUUCGGUGGAACCAAAAGAAGAUAGAAGUUUGAGAUUUGGAGAUUUGGAAAUGUUCUCCUCAGCAUAUGAUGGGAGCAGCUAAGCUUCUGCUUUUUAGUCGCCAACAGGACGAGGGUUUCCUCGUCCUGUGAUUUUUAUGUUUUUUAAAGGUGAGGAGCUGCUUGUGGAGGAAAAGCUUUUCUUAGUCUCUCAUCUUAGGUUUUCAUCUUUAUUUUGUUUCUUCCAUUAUGAAAAAGUUUUUGCAGUGGUCUGAUCAUUUGACUGGAACAAUGUUACAGGUCAAAUCCAGAUUUAAUAUUUCAACUUGUACUAAUUCCCAUCCCCAACUGAAGGAACAUUAUGUGUUGAACUGAAGCUGAACUGAGGAAAAUAUGACAAAUACAUUGAGAAUCUGUACAUUUUAAUAGAAAAUGGUUGUAGUAUAAAUUUAAAUGAUGGAAAAUAUAUAUAUAUAUUCAUCUACCAGUGCCUUCAGCUGCCAGUCCUUUUAUCCUGUUUUGCUGAAUUAAUUAUUUUCUUUACUAUAUUUACUCGCCUGUUGAAAAGCAGCUGUUGGUCAAUUUUGUUACUCACACAUCACCAUUAAUGUUCAGCAACUAAUACUUUUUGUUUUUCAAGGUCUAAAUAUAUUUAAAAAAAUAUAUAUAUAUAUUUUAGAGAAUAUUGAUCAUGUGAAUAUUUAAGAAUGUUUUGCUUUUUAGUAUUAAAAUUAAAAUUCUGGUGAGUCCAGAUUUACCCUCUUCCAGAGCGAUGGGCGCUUCAGGGUAAGAUGAAGUGAUGCUCCCAUCAUGCUUUGUGUUUACUGCAGCAGCCGGUGGUGGCAGCGCUAUGAUGUGGGGUUUCUGCAGGUUUUCAAUAAAAGAUUUUGGUGAAUAACUAAUGCAGCACUGUGUGUAAAUAAAUGUAACCAACAUUUUUGAACAUGUGGUUUUUUCAGUCACUAUACAAUAAGUGAAUUUUAAAUUUACUUUAUUUCAUCAGACAGAGGGACACCCCUAGAACAGAACCUGAAAGUGGCAAUCUGAUGUGUAAUUUCAAAAUAAAAGCCUGUCAAAAAAGUCAUUUUUUAAUCUUUUCCCCCUAAGUUGCUGUGCCCAUUGCUGAGAAACACUCUAUUUCCAAUGACUGCUACCACUUCUGGAUGACAGAGGGACGCCUCUAGAACAGAACCUGAAAGUGGCAACCAGAUCUGAUGUGUAAUUUCAAAAUAAAACACUAUUAAAAUAGUA